AUGCGAUUUCACAUCUCCUCGUUUUGGCGCCGGACAGGUACCCCCAGAACGCCUGCAAACCGGAACCUACACAUCUCAUGUCGAGGCAAACUGAUAAGUGAAGACAAACUCUUUGAGUAUACAAACGGAGGUUUUUUGGUCAAUGAAAAGUCUCAAUUCGAGCGGCGCUAUGUCAAAUUCAACCUGGAUGCUCUCUGCGAUAUUGUAGCCACAGUUGGGGGCCAGCCUUCCCCAGUUAAAGCAGUUGAGAAGAUGGAGGGCGGUUUCAGCAAGGCUCUUCUGAUGAGAAAAGAAAAUGGAAUGGAGAUUGUCGCUAAAAUUGCUUGCCGAAAUGCUGGGCCCGCAGGUUAUACCACCGAGUCGGAGGUUGCUAUAUUGAAAUACGUGAAACAGCAGACAAGUAUUCCAGUUCCCGAAGUAUAUACAUGGUCUUCUGACCCUACCAACCCGGUGGAGGCAGAAUGCAUCAUCAUGGAGGAAGCAGCUGGUGUCCCCCUUUUCAAGAUAUGGGGGGAGAUCUCCCUCUCAGAUAAACUAGAGCUUGUUAAAAGACUUACGGCAUUCGAACGCGAGCUUUGUUCCUUACAAUUACCCGCAUAUGGAAGUUUGUAUCUACGGAGCUUCGGUGGGGGUCUUCCUAACUUUAAGCCUCUAGAUAUAGAGGCUGACCCAUCACAGUCAUAUUGCGUGGGCCGUUCAGGUGAUAGAGUGUACGUGCUAGAGGAUAUUGAAGGGCCAAGUGUCGAUUUAGGUCCAUGGGAUACACUGGCAACGUUUGGCAUUGCGAUUGCGAAACGCGAAAUCGCUCGUGUGUUGCAAGGUCUGCCGCCCCACCCAGGGACGUUCUAUCAAGGAAGUUGUGAGGAGAAGGAAAAGCUGCUUGACGAAGUUAUCAGUCUUAUGAGAAUGUUGAGCUCAGCUUCUCAUCCUGUCCUAGCACAAUUGGGGAAGCCUGUGAUCUGGCAUACGGACCUUCACAUGGGGAACAUCUACGUCUCUCCCGACAACCCGUCUCAGAUUCUCUCCAUCAUUGACUGGCAAUCAAUAUCCGUCCUCCCUCUUUUCCUACAGGCACGUUGGCCCAUUUUCCUAGAGCCGCCUGAAAACUUUGUUAGGGGGUUUCAAGCGCCAAAAUUACUAGACAACCUGAAAGAGAUGGAUGAAGAGGACCAACAGCUAGCGAAAUUUGAAUAUCGACAAGCCAUGGUUGCGAAAACGUAUGAGGUUUCGACCUAUCUCGAAAACAAAGAAACUCAUACUGCAAUGAACCUCCCGCGUGUCUUUCGAGAACUGUUCAAGCGCUGUGGAGAGACGUCGGAAGUUGGUAUCCUCCCUCUCCGCGCGUGUAUGAUUGAGAUCUUCCAGAACUGGUCGGAGCUAGGCUUCGUCGGGGAAUGUCCUUAUUCUUUCAGUGAGAACGAGAUUGCCGAGCAUGACGCUCAGUUCACAGACUAUGAGGACUGGUAUAAGGCGAAUGAGAUCGCGAGAAAGUGUCUAGAUACGGAUGAAGAAGGAUGGAUAUCUCCCGAGUUGGAUAUAGAGGAGAAACGCCGGCAGAACCAAGAACUGUUUGAAACGUUCGUCAAGCAACUGUCGACUGAGAAGACUCUGGAAGAAGCACGGCGUAUGUGGCCGUUCGUUGAUGACAACAGAUAA